CAAAGGCGACUUUUAGUAGCGGGGCUGUGAAACGUUUUAGAAAACGCUAUGCGAACCGAAUAAUCGAUUCUAAGUUUUAAAACGAAUAAAAUGUUGCAUCCGCUUCAGAAAUUGCUAAAGUUACGACUUGCAGUUGCUCAAGUCAGAAACUUUAUUUUGAUGAAGGACACAAUUUCUAUCUUAAAUAGAAUAUUCUUUCUUUGCUGAUUUCAAAAGCUCAUUUCUAUUUAACAUAAGAAUGAGAAAGAUGCCCAGACUUUCACCAGAUAACAAAGACUGCUCAGAUUCUGCAAACGAAGAAGAUAGUUUCAACCACAGAAGUUUUAAAGUAAAAAAUUUAACUGAAAGUGAAGAUGAAUCAGAUGGGUGUUUGAAACAAAAACGUCAUCGAACACGAUUUAAUCCAUCACAACUAAACGAACUUGAACGAUACUUUAACAAAACGCAUUACCCAGAUAUAUUUGUAAGAGAAGAACUAGCACUGCGGAUUGGUUUAACUGAAUCACGAGUACAAGUUUGGUUUCAAAACAGAAGAGCAAAAUGGAAAAAACGCAAGAAAUCUUUUGGCUCUGUGCAAAACUGUGAACUAUUUCAGCCUUAUUAUGCUCGUUCAACAACGCCGUAUAAUAUACCCACUUUGGAACAAGUUUGGUCUCCAGAUCUCGAAGAAGUUCAAAUAAAUCAAUCAAAUUAUUCGGACACUCAAUGCUACAUAAAUAAAAAUAACUCACUGUCAAAUACAGUUUUAAAUGAACUUUAUCAUGAGACUAGAUAUGCAGGAAGACAUGAUCUCGGCGACUGGUCACAGUUACGUAAUACAUUUAACGACGCUGUACCAGAAAAUAAUUAUAUAUUUAGAUAAACUUUCUAUUUUUCUUAAAUUAUUAAUAAUUAUACUUUUCUAUGAUCAACUAUUAUUAUUAUUAUUAUUAUUAUUAUUAUUAUUAUUAUUAUUAUUAUUUUGAUAUUUAAACAAGUGUAAAUAAAUUCAACUUUUGUUACAUAGUAUUUAUAAUACAUGUUUAAUGUUUUAUUAUUCC